CAAACUUGUGUUUCAUAUGCAUGCAGAAAAAAUGAGGUUUUUAAAGAUAUAUUACAUAGCUUUUGCAACACUGGCUUUGUUUACAAUCUCAUCAGCAGUAGCAGAUGAGGUAGUUGUUGCAUUUACUGAUCAGAACUUUGACAAGGUGGUCGGUCAAGACCGCGAUGCUCUCAUUGAGUUCUAUGCCCCUUGGUGUGGGCACUGUAAAAAGCUUGCUCCUGAAUUUGAAAAGCUUGGGUCAAGUUUUAAAAAAUCAGAAUCUGUUUUGAUUGGAAAGGUAGACUGUGAUGAACAAAAGGAAACUUGCAACAAAUUUGGGGUAUCUGGGUACCCCACCAUUCAGUGGUUUCCUAAAGGGUCUCUGGAGCCUAAAACGUAUGAAGGCACACACACUGCAGAAGCUCUUGUCGACUUUGUGAAUAGUGAAGGAGGUGCUAAUGUUAAGAUAGCUGCAGUGCCCUCGAGUGUUGUGGUACUUAAUUCUGAUAACUUUGAUGGGAUUGUUUUGGAUAAGACUAAGGAUGUCCUGGUUGAAUUCUAUGCAUCCUGGUGUGGUCACUGCAAAAGCCUUGCUCCUAUUUAUGAGAAGGUUGCAUCGGCCUUCAACAAGGAAGAAGAUGUAGUAAUUGCCAAUAUUGAUGCUGACAUUCACAAGGAUAUUGGAGAAAAGUACGGUGUUAGUGGCUUUCCAACUCUAAAAUUCUUUCCCAAGGGUAAGAAAGCUGAAGAAGAAUAUUAUGGUGGGAGAGACUUACAUGAAUUAAUGACUUUUAUCAAUGAGAGGCGUGCUACUAGCCAGGAUGGGAGAGGACAACUUACUUCUAAGGCUGAUGUCGUUGCGACCUUGGACAACUUGGUGAAGGAGUUUGCAAGUGCUGGUAAUGAUGAAAAGAUAGCAGCUUUUGCUCAUUUGCAGGAGGAAGUUAUGAAGCUUGAAGGUCCCGAUUCAAGAUAUGGCAGGAUCUAUCUGAAGUCUGCCAAGAGCUUCAUGGAUAAAGGUGCUGAUUACGCUAAAAAUGAAAUCCAGCAGUUAGAUCGUGUCCUGGCAAAGUCGACUGGUGCUGUGGAAGUUGAUGAGUUCACUCUGAAGAAGAAUAUCCUGUCUGCCUUUGCUUGAUCGGCCAAAGGAAUCACAUCACCGUCUAAGCUUCAUCCCAGGUUUGGGGAACUGUAAUAUCAAUAAUUAUUCAUCAUGUGCAUGUUCUGCACCUGGAUUGUUAUCUUUAAACAAGGAAAGUUGUUGCAUAACCGAAAAUUUUAUAUAUCUAAUAGGGAGUAUAUAAUUUAUCCUUUAGCAUAAGUACUAUUCAUUAUCUGAUGCCUUAUCAAUCAAUUUAUUUGUGUAUCCGUCCUUAUAAAUAAGAUUAGUUAUUUGUUUAA